AACAGAUACGGGUUCCAGAAUAACCCCGAGUUUAAGAAAUUAUAUAAAAGGGCUGUCAAAACUGGAGGAUUCCCCGGUGGUUUGGCCAAUGAUGGUAACACAUGUUUCAUGAACUCCGUCAUCCAGUGCCUUGCAAGUUCUAAUGAACUAAGAGCUUUUCUUGCUGCUUUUGCAACACAGAAAGCAGCUGAAGACGAAACUGAUGAUAGUCAAGAAAAGAACAGUGAUAUUUUUUCUGCUGCACUUCUCGAACUGAUAGAUUCGUUGAAUUCAAAACAUGGAAAUAGAGCACCUACAUACAAAACAAAAGAUUUACUCCGCGUAAUGAAGGACUCUCCCAACAAACACUUGUUUUUAGGAUAUAACCAAGAGGAUGCUCAGGAAUUCUACCAAAAUUUGAUGAAACAAGUGGAGAAAGAAUGUACUGACUUAGCAAAGUCGCAGAACAUCGAUGUUAAAGUCUCUGAAAACUACGUUCCGUUACCUGAAAAUGCAAUCACAGGUUUAGAUUCUCUUGGAUAUUUGGGUAAUGUGUAUGUUCCAGUCUCACAGAUAGACCCUGCCGACUCUGAAAAUGAAAAAAAUUACCUUCCCUACAAAUUGUUGACACCUGUUGAUGGUUUGCAGUGCGACCGUAUCGGAUGUGUCGAAUGUGGUGAAAUGGGUGGUAUAAGAUACUCUGUUACUAGUGGUCUUGCACUGAACUUGCCAAUGGAUGGGGCGACCAGAAAUAGAUUUACUCUUGGAGAAUUGGUUAGUGAAUUCUGUAAACCAGAUGUCAUUGAUGGUGUGGAAUGUAAUAGAUGCAGUCUAGUAGCUGUGAGGGAAAAUCUUGCCGAAAGAUUGCAAAAUCUUGAACAAAAUGAGACAGGAAUGGCUGGUGCAAAGCUGUUGAAGGAAAAAAUUGAAUCCCGUCUCACCGAAAUAGAUGAAGUUUUGAGCAAGAGAUGUAUACACGAUGAUGUUUAUGAGAAACUUCAUACGAAAAAUAUGGUGAGAAAAAGCCGAAAGGUGAAACAAAGUUAUCUAUCUCGACCACCAGCAUUAUUAUGCAUUCAUGUGAACCGAAGCGUUUUUGACCCAAGGACAUACAUGGUCCGGAAGAACAACGCCAAGAUUGAUUUUCCUCUUGAGUUAGAUAUGAGCGACUUUGUUGCAUCUGUUGAUGACAUAAAUACGGAUGCUAGACUUGAAUUCCGGAAACAGGACGAAGAAACAAAGAAGAUAGACAGAAGUAACACAUUGAAAUAUGAACUAAAGAGUGUCAUUUCUCAUUUUGGUACACAUAACUAUGGACAUUAUAUUGCAUAUAGAAAGCAUAGAGGUAAUUGGUGGCAUUUAAGUGAUGAGAUUGUUAGAUUGAGUACGCAAGAAGAAGUUCUUGGAAGUCAGGGGACAUUCAUGUUGUUUUACGAGAUCUUAGACAAUGAUACUGUUUGUGAGUUUUCUGACAAUAGUAGUGAUAGUGAUGAAAGUUCUGACGAGGGGGAGGAGAGAGAU